AACGUAGAAGCCCUCGCAAUACCUUAAAAUCCGUACCACUCUUUGCAAUUAAUCGGUAAAAUUUAAAAGCCAAGUCCACGUGGUCACUUUUGCUGCUCCAGAGCUUGAUUCUGGCUAUGGCGAACACUGUUAACUACUCCAAAAGCGCUGCCGGGGAGGCUCAGUUUGCCUCGAAGCUUUAUGGCCAAUUGGCCAAGUCGCAUCCUGGCCGGAAUAUCGUUCUCUCGCCCUCGUCCAUCCGGACUGGCUUGACCCUGGCCUUCCUAGGUGCCGAUGGCAGCACCGCCGAUGAGCUGAGGCAGGGAUUGGGCCUGGAGGGCAUUGAUAAAAACGAGGUGGCACAGCUCUUGGGCAAAGGGCAGCGACAGCUGGGGAAUGGAGACAAGGGCGAGGACGAGGACGAGGACGAAGACGGGGCCAAAUUGAGGUAUGCCAAUCGGAUUUACGUGGCCCAGCAGUUCCAGCUGGCCCAGGCCUAUCAGGACUUGGUCAGCUCAAACUUCGCAGCAGCGGCCGAGAAUGUGAACUUCGCCCAAAGUGCGGAUACUGCCAAGCGCAUUAACUCCUGGGUGGAGGAGCAGACCAACCAGCAAAUCAAGAACCUCAUCGCUCCGGACUCACUUGACGCAGGUACGGUCGCCAUCCUGGUCAAUGCCAUCUACUUCAAGGCCAACUGGCUGAGCACAUUCCCCGACUACGCCACUUAUGCCCGCGACUUUGUCAAUUACGGAGGUCGGAUGGUGAGCGUGGACACCAUGGCCCAAGAGGAUUACUUUAGGUUCGCCGAACUGCCCGAGCUGAAGGCAAAGGCCUUGGAAUUGCCCUACAUCGGCACAGACAUCGUGUUCCUGAUCAUUUUGCCCCAGGAGGAGCAGGGACUGGCCUUCCUCGAGGAGCAACUGAACGGCCUAGACCUAAAUGACAUAAGCUCCCAGUUGAGCAGGCAGAAAGUUCAGCUGCAGCUGCCCAAAUUUAAAUUCGAGUUCGAUGUCCCCCUGCAGACAGUCCUUGAGGAGUUGGGAAUCAAGAAACUAUUUAGUCCUGAGGCGAGUCUCAGCGGUCUUCUCAGGGAGUCGGCCCCGCUUCGCAUCUCGGAGGUGAAGCACAAGGCCAUAAUCGAGGUCAACGAAAAGGGCACCACUGCCAGCGGCGCCACCUUUGUCAAGGCCGAGUUGGAAUCCUUCUUGGAGGGAGAGGAAAUAUUCGAGUUCACGGCGGAUCAUCCCUUCUUCUUCGCCAUUAAGGACGCACAGAGAAACAUCUUCCAGGGACACGUCAGCCAGCUCUGAUUCGGAAUAAUGCAAUAAGUUAGUACCCCAAAACUCAAUGUGUUCUGCUGUCCGCAUCCAAUAAAUGCCAAUCUUCGAUGUCAAGUGCACGG